AUGGAUAGCACAAUUGCUCAACUUAUUGAGCUUGUUGCAAUCGAAAAUCAGUCUCCUUAUCUUUGCUCUUCUCCUUUUACGCUAAAUAUUGAUGGAAAAGAAUUGGAUCCUGAUAAAACGCUCUCAGAAUACGGAAUUACAGAGCAUUCUCGUAUAGACGCAAUAGAGAAACAGGAUCACUUGCUCCAUAAAGAAAAUGAAAAACCAUUGGAUUGGACGGUAGACGAGAUGACUGCAGAGUGUCUUAACCGUAGUCCAUACAAAGAAAUGGGAAUACAGCCUCUACCAAAUCUGGCUCCAAGAUAUGAGGCACGUCCCAAAGGCUACUUUGGAAGAAAUAACUAUAGCGGUAUGAAGCAAGAAUCGUAA